AUGGCUACUUCUAGCCUUGACUACUCUGUUGACCAAGAGAUUGCUGGCUUCUUUGAGCGAACUACGGCGACUCGCUCGGCCUGCGAUACUUUUGCAAGAGAACAUCUUGGUGGUGAAGUCGUGCCGGUAGCUAUGCAGGGAGUAUGCAGCUAUACAGUCUAUGCUGGGCCAAAUGAUGAGUUUGUCGUUCAAUUCCGCAUCAAGUCUUCUCGUUUAAGCAUGGAGACAGUAAAUCUGGCACGCACCAUUUAUGGGGGUUUUGCUCCUAACGUCGUAUUUAAGGGACAGAUUGGGGAAGAUGUGGAGGGAAAAGAGACCCUUUAUAUCUAUGUCAUGGAUAGAAUACAGGGAAUUAGCUACUUGGAUUUCAUCCUGGCCCAUAACAAUCAGUUUCCCGAAAAUUCAGCCGAGUUUUCUUCAUGGCGCAAGAAUCUGGUAAUCGACAUAGCGAAGUUCUUUGCCCUUUCGUGGAAAUCACCACAAGUUGUUGAUCAGAGCUACCGCGAUAGUCUAUAUCAUCAAUAUAAGAGCGAGCUUGAGUUACUACUCAUUUCUCUGCCGGACCGAUUUCGCCCCUUGAUCCAGAAAUCAAUCAGUUCUUUGCCUGCUAUCUUUUCUCUCCCCAUGGUGUUACUACAUAGGGAUUUUGGGGUCUGCAAUAUCAUGGUGAACGAAACCACAUGCAAUCUAGUUGGAGUGGUGGAUUGGGCCGAAGCAGAGGUUGCACCAUUUGGCCUAAACCUCCACUCUCACCAACGACUGAUAAGUAAAAUUCAUCUCAAAACAGGUUGGAUCAGGUACGAUGAUUACUCCAGAUUGGAGGAUAUAUUCUGGAGCACUUUCAAAAAUGAAGCUGGAGGACUGAGCGAUGAGACAGUCAAGACAAUCGAAGCAGCGAGGAUUGUUGGCUUGUUUUUGUCCCGCGGCUUCACUAAUCGUCUUUCAAAGACCACGGAGGCAGUACCUAUUCGAGAUGAUGAAAGUGGAGCAUACAACAUGCGUGACCUAGAUGGGUUGUUAAUAAAUCAGGCCACGAGGUUUAUAGAUCUGGCAAAAGGGGAGGAUGUACCUUAG